AUGGGCGAUCGGUACAACAUCCACAGUCAACUAGAGCAUCUCCAGAGUAAAUACAUCGGAACAGGCCACGCGGACACCACAAAGUACGAGUGGCUUACGAAUCAACACCGCGAUUCACUUGCUAGCUACCUCGGACAUUACGACAUGCUGAGCUACUAUGCGGUCACUGAAAACGAGUCGAAAGCACGGAUUCGCUUCAACAUGAUGGAAAAAAUGCUGCAACCCUGUGGUCCGCCGCCGGAAAAAGUGGAGGAUUAAUU